GUUCUCGUUUAUGUGUUAGGCUGGUAUUGCCCCAUACUUUGCCGUAGCUUUAACUCACAAAUUUGCUGAGCCAUUGGGUAUAUAUAUUGAAGAGGUUAUGGGUCCUCUGUUGCACAAGCACAUGCAGUCUCCAAUUCUCACUUGAUCUAUAAGCACAAGCAUCCUCAAAUUAAAUUAUUUCAUUCUCUGUCUCCUGGCUGAUUCUUGUAUUGGCUUACAUGUCUGGUGAAACAAUGGAAAACUUACAGAAGAUCCAUGCAGGAAACCACUCAGAGAAGAAAACAAACACAGAAUGUCUUUCCACUGAUGAUGAAAACAUUAUAAUAAAUCCUCAGUUUGAGGGUGGCCUGAACAGUUGGUCUGGAAGAGGCUGCAAGAUUGUGUUACAUGAUUCCAUGGGAGGUGGUAAAAUACUUCCAAAAGUUGGGAAAUUCUUUGUAGCUGCAACAGAACGCACGCAAACCUGGAAUGGAAUUCAGCAGGAGAUCACCGGAAGAGUGCAGCGCAAGCUAGCAUAUGAGAUCACUGCUUUGGUUAGGAUAUUUGGGAACAAUGUCACUACUUCUGAUGUGCGAGCUACAUUGUGGGUUCAAACACCGGAUCUUCGAGAGCAGUACAUAGGCAUUGCCAAUGUGCAGGCAACAGAUAAAGAUUGGGUUGAAAUGCAGGGAAAGUUCCUUCUCAAUGGCUCCCCUUCAAAAGUUGUUCUUUAUUUAGAAGGUCCCCCACCAGGAAUUGACAUUCUUCUCAAUACUUUGGUUGUAAAGCAUGCAGCUAAAACACCACCUUCAUCGCCCCCAGAUUUUGAGAAUGCUGCUUUUGGUGCUAACAUAAUUGAGAACAGUGAUCUCGCUGAUGGCACCAAUGGCUGGUUUCCCCUUGGUAACUGCACUUUGAGUGUUGCAACUGGUUCGCCUCGUAUAAUUCCACCAAUGGCAAGAGACUCUCUUGGCCCCCAUGAGUCCUUAAGUGGACGCUACAUCCUUGUAACCAACCGCACACAAACAUGGAUGGGUCCUGCUCAAAUGAUCACUGAGAAGUUGAAACUCUUCUUAACUUAUCAAGUUUCUGCUUGGGUCAGGAUAAGCUCAGGAUCAAGUGGGCCUCAAAAUGUGGGUAUUUCCCUCAGUGUUGACAACCAGUGGGUGAAUGGAGGACAAACUGAGGUUGCUGAUAGCAGGUGGCAUGAAAUUGGUGGGUCCUUUAGACUUGAAAAACAACCAUCUAAGGUUAUGGUUUAUAUUCAAGGUCCUGCUUCUGGUGUUGAUCUAAUGGUUGCUGGACUUCAAAUUUUUCCUGUGAAUAGAGAGGCAAGGUUUGCAUACUUAAGGAGGCAAACAGACAAGAUUCGUAAGCGUGAUGUUACUCUAAAAUUCUCCGGGCUAGACUCUUGUGGGUACACCUUUGUGAAAGUUAGACAAACACAGAACGAUUUUCCAAUUGGAUCAUGCAUCAACAGAACAAAUAUUGACAAUGAAGACUUCGUUGACUUCUUUGUGAAACAUUUCAACUGGGCUGUGUUUGGCAACGAGUUGAAGUGGUAUUGGACUGAACCACAACAAGGAAAAUUAAACUACAAGGAUGCUGAUGACAUGUUAGACUUGUGUCAGAAGCACAACAUAGAAACUCGUGGUCAUUGCAUAUUCUGGGAAGUGGAUGGAACUGUUCAACCAUGGAUCAAAGCACUGAAUAAAAAUGAUUUGAUGAUAGCUGUCCAAAAUCGCUUAACUAGCUUAUUGAAUCGCUACAAAGGAAAGUUCAGACACUAUGAUGUCAACAAUGAGAUGUUGCAUGGUUCAUUUUAUCAGGAUAGACUAGGCAAAGAUAUCAGAGCAAUCAUGUUCAAAACUGCACACCAAUUAGAUCCAUCUGCUACCCUUUUUUUGAAUGAUUACCAUGUUGAAGAUGGAGGUGACACAAGAUCAUCUCCAGAAAAGUACAUUCAACAAACAAUUGGUCUGCAAGAUCAAGGUGCCCCAGUUGGUGGAAUUGGAAUUCAAGGUCACAUAGAUAGUCCUGUUGGGCCUAUUGUUUGUUCUGCACUUGACAAAUUGGGAACUCUUGGUCUUCCAAUCUGGUUCACUGAGCUUGAUGCGUCUUCCACUAAUGAAUAUGUUAGAGGUGAUGAUCUUGAAGUUAUGAUGAGGGAAGCUUUUGCACACCCUGCUGUGGAUGGUGUAAUGCUAUGGGGGUUUUGGGAAUUGUUUAUGAGCAGGGAAAAUUCACACUUAGUGAAUGCUGAAGGUGAGAUCAAUGAAGCUGGGAAAAGGUUCCUUGCUCUUAAACAAGAGUGGUUGUGUCACACACAUGGACAUAUUGAUGAGCAAGGAGAAUUCAGUUUUAGAGGAUUUAGUGGGACAUAUGAAGUGGAAGUUGUGACAUUAGGAGAGAAAAUUUGUAAGACAUUUGUUGUUGACAAGGGUGAAUCGUCAAUUGUUGUGUCAAUUGAAUUAUAAGUCAUGUCCAAAAAGCUUCAUUCAGGAACUUGUGUUUCUUGGUUGUAAUAUCAUUCAUUCAUAUGGUUUUAAGGGUUUUUUUUUUUUAAUGUGGUUUGCUGAAAUAACAAGUUGGUGAAUGGUGAUGUAAUUUUUAUGAUUUUGAUGUAAUGUAAUAAUGCAUUCAUAUCUGGUUUCAACCUAUCUCU